AUGGCAAGUGAGAAGCAAAUGCUUGCUGGAGAGGUGCCGGUCAGCCCGUUUUCACGGCUGUUCAGCAUGCCAGGCUUCUAUUGCUUCAACAUCGUCACCAUCGGAUUCAAAAACGAAGCCAGUCCAUCAGCCUUUAUUGAAGGCUUGAAGAACACUUUGAUCAACCAUCCACGCUUUUCUAGAAUACUGGAAAUUGAUGAAGACAAAGCAAAAUGGAUUCCCACGAAAGUAAAAGUUGAAGAUCAUGUAGUUGUUCCGGAUAUAGAUCCCACAACUGAAAAUCCUGAUCAAUUUCUAGAGGAUUAUACAUCAAAUAUGGUUUUUUCACCAAUUGAUAUGUCUAAACCGUUAUGGGAGAUACAUAUACUCAAUAUGAAAACAUCAGAUGCAGAAUCUCUCCUGGUUUUCCACAGUUAUGACCCAAAUCGUAAAAUGGCACUCAUUGUCCAUCUAACAAGCUAUGUAAACAAAGUUAUCAUCAAUCUUGGAGUUGAUCUCGACGUAAUUCCAGACCCUCAUCACCUCUGUGAUGACAUAGUCGAAGCUCUUCAGAUGAUGAAAUCAGUUGUGGAAGAAAACAGUUCUGCCGAAUUGGGGGUUUGAAACGAAAUGUUUGAUUAUGCUCUUUUAGCGACAAAAAAAAAACUGUUUGAUGGAGACAUCGAAAGGAACCUACUCAUAGAAAAGUCUUAUCAUAUGUGUGUUUUCUAUGUAUAACUUUUUAGUCUAUUUUCUAAAGUUGUUUAAUUUGCUUCUAUCCGAACUUCUUAUGUACGAGUGGGUGUAAUUUCGCUAUCAGCCACGAAUCAGCUUUCAU